GUAAUAAAAAGUCGGUGCUGGAAUCGAGCGCCUUCCUCUCUGAAGCCAACGCUGAAAGAAUCGUGCGGACUCUCUGCAAAGUCCGAGGUGCUGCUCUGAAACUUGGACAGAUGCUUAGUAUUCAAGACGACGCUUUUAUUAAUCCCCAGUUGGCCAAAAUCUUCGAGCGUGUUCGUCAGAGUGCAGACUUCAUGCCGCCUAAACAGAUGAUGAAAGCCAUCAGCAGCGACCUCGGCCCAAACUGGAGAGACAAGCUGGAGUACUUUGAGGAGAAGCCGUUUGCAGCGGCGUCUAUCGGUCAGGUGCAUUUAGCACGAAUGAAGGACGGCAGAGAGGUCGCCAUGAAGAUUCAGUACCCCGGAGUCGCCAAGAGUAUCGACAGUGACGUGAAUAAUAUCAUGACCGCUCUGAGUUUGAGCAACGCGCUGCCUGAAGGCCUUUUUCCUGAGCACCUUAUUGAGGUCAUGAGCCGUGAGCUGGCGCUGGAGUGUGAUUACAUAAGAGAGGCCAAAUGUGCCAAAAAAUUCCAGUAAAUUGUUCACACUUGCUCUCACCGCACAGACUGGCUUUGGGAUUAGUUUCCAGUGGAGUAGUCAGAAUCUGCACAGCAUGGACCCUCAGUGUAGAUCCAUGACUCACAACCUUUUUGUUCGUUUAACACCUAAAUAAGAAGUCAUACUUUUCUUUAAAGCCUCAUCAGAGGUUAAAAGUCUUUCUCAGCAGCAACAAGUUCAAAGUGAUAUUCCCAUUCUCAGCACAUUGUUUCACAUGAAUACUUUUAGAGUCUUGAACUGAUUAAACUGCAGUAUUUCACAAGAAAGACACUCAUAGAGCGUCAUACUAGCAUGUCUUCCAAAAUUGCAUAUCAAUGUCAUACUAUAACAUGUCAUCCA